AUGGUGAGCUCAACCUCCCCAAUUCAAUUCCCACCUCAAUUCCCUGAUUCUCGACAGGCUACAAGAACAGAGGCCAUCUAUCUUGACGAUGCCUCACUCAGAACAUGGACCACAGAGAUCCUCUCAUCGCAGCCAAUAACCACCCUCUCAGAAGAAGAGAAAAGUCUAGCAAAGAACAUCCCCGCAGAUGACUGCGCCAUCUUGAUGCGUCAGACAAUCUUCUACGCGCAAGGCGGCGGCCAGCCUAGCGACAGUGGCGCAAUCGGGCCACCAGAUCAAGAGGCAUCGUUCUCAGUGACUCUGGUGCGCAAAACGUCUGAUGGGAAAUACCUCCAUUUUGGAAAAUAUGCGGACGCAUCUUCUACAUUUAAUGAGGGACAGCUUGUUGUCCAAAAGGUUGAUGACGCGAAACGCAAUUAUCAUUCGCGCUUGCAUACUGCUGGACAUAUCGUCGGAUUGGCGAUGCAGCUUCUUAUGCCGGACAUGAAGAAGGUUAAGGCGAAUCAUUUCCCUCGAGAGGCAUCUAUGGAGUAUGAGGGGCUAUUGUACAAUGAGAAUAAGCCUGUCAUCCAGGACAAGGUUGAUGAGUUGGUAAAGCAGGAUUUGGAUAUCCUGAUCUCUUGGAAAGAGGAUUCUCAGGGGUCUGGGGAUGGAGAGGAGGAAGGCCGGUCUUUUGAUGGCCGAAUGAGGAUUGCGAGUAUUGGUGGGCUUGAUCAUAAUCCUUGUGGGGGAACUCAUGUUGCAACGACCGGGUUGGUUGGGGGGAUUGUUAUUCGGAAGAUUAGUCGGCAGAAGGGGAUUAGUCGGGUUUCUUAUGAUGUUUCGCCUGGAGUUGAGGGAUAG